AUGAUUCUGCGUGGGCACAGGUACUACCCCUACCAUGUUAGUCUGCACCAACAUUUUGAGCUGGGAGGCUACAUCAAGCCGAUAGAGUUCUGCAACUGGAUUUUGAAUACAACUGAGGAAACUCCCAAUUUCGUAGACAACGUGAUUUUGACAGGCGAGGCGCAUUUUUCAAGGACCUCUGUGGUUAAUCUCCACAACGCGCACUAUUGGAUGCAACUUGGAUUGACACAAAAAAGGAACGAAUUGAAACUUGACGCCGUUCCGACAGUGUUCCACGAACAAAGCGAGCCAGCAACUUCGACACUGCAGGCAGUUCGACAGGGUCAAGCGCAAGUGAAGGACCAGGUGCUGCUGAUCAAGUCCCAUCCAUCCAUGAAACAGCAUCAAACAAUGAUCUUCCAGAACAGUGCUUUCUUCAUCCAAGUUCAAGAAGUAAAGAGAAUGACUUCAUGACUUCUACUGACAUCUCAC